CACACACACAGUCUGUCUCUGGCUGAUGCAGUGAGACAGAGCUGGAUGCUGCAGCAGCGAAAGCCUCCCGAUCGUAGCCGGCGUGCAGCAGCAGGGACUCCCUCUCUCCUCACUUUCCACUCCACAGGAUGUGAGAACAGAUAAAUGAUCAGGAUGGUAGCACUGGUCCAGCUCGAUGUGGACAGAUCGAAGCAGAAGCGAUGGAGGAGACCACGCCAGACCCCGCGUUUGUGGAUGUGGACCAGGGCUUGACUCUGGCAUGCAUUGCCUUCCUCUGCCUGCUGCUGGUGGCCAUGAUCAUCCGCUGUGCUAAAGUCAUCAUGGACCCAUACAGCGCCAUCCCCACGUCCACCUGGGAGGAGCAGCAUCUAGACGACUAGCACGAUUUGCAGGAUGCAAGUUCAGGUCACAUGGACUUACUCCAAUACUGAAGCACAGCAACUAGAGACUCUACAAGCUCUGAAACUACCUACAGCACCGGGACCAGGCAGAACCACCCAACACUGCACAGAGCUGUUCCCAGAGCAACAUAUCAAAUAAAUGAAGACAAUAAUCAAUGAAUGAGUAUUUGACAAUGAGCCUGUGUAAGUUAUAUUUUCGAAAGAACCUUUUAGGAUUUGUACAUUUUUCUAAUAAUCAUGAUGGAUGAGUGUGCGAAUUUAAUGUACGCUGUUUGGUGAAAUGAAGCUAGGCUUAAAGGCAUGCUGACAAAGCUGCUCAUAAAGACUACUCAACAAUGCCAUGAUAGUAAUUUAUAUCCGUUUACAGUGAAGUGACAAGUACAAAUAUGCUCUCUUGAAUGCGAUUCAGGAUGAGGCUUGUGCCGAUAAUCAACUCUUACAACAUAUCAUGAAAAUCAACAUGCACAACAUCAUUACUCUUCCAUUCAGAGGAAGCUGCCUGAGAAGGCAGCAUUGUUUGGGUUGUUUGUCUGUCUUUCUGAGGGAGAAGCAUUAGCAUUUUAAGGUAGAACUAUAUCCUUCUUCUUGAAAAGUUGAAAGAAAUAAAAAAAUUAAAAAAUCUGUAGCUCUGAAGCGGCUUUUUGACUAAAAUGCUAUUCGAUGAGAAAAGGCUGCCAAACAUUAAGUAACUUUUUAUAUAUUGUAUUAAUGUCAUUAACUGGGAGGAAAUGUUGAAAAUUUAUUAUCGGCACAUGCCUGUUUAGGAUGCUCAACUCCAGAUCAAGCCAUUUAGCUGAGGUUCAGUGGAAUUCCCUUUAUUCUUAAAUGUGACUGCCUUUGGCUACUACUUAAAGUCCACUUCCUUUGCUCCUCUGUUGGCUUGAGCCAUGUCAGUUAAGAAUAUUUAUCCGCAGAGAAUUAUAACCAACUGCAUGUUAUCAAGUGCCUCAGCCAAAAUCACAGAUUGUCUUGAAGCAGCACACAAUCAAGAAUAAUGUGUAGCGGAUCAAAAACAAUAAUGUCUUGAUUGAUUAAAACUGCAACUGUGCUAUGUUCAGCCUGCAUCUUCUUAUGCAUAAUAAAGAUAAUGAUGAUUUUAAAGGUCUUCUGUGUGUUUAUGUUGUGCCAUAUCCACAUGAUGUACACUGCCUUACAUAAAGAAUUCAAGCCACCGAAAAAAUCACAUUAUAUUAUUAUAUUUUUGACAAUAAUUCAGUAAAACGUAGAAUCUUCGAAGUAUUUACAUGAGUAUUUGAUAUUUCCCUUUUAAGCUUUAAUGACAGUGUGCUCUCAAGCAGACUUUUAGACUCUUGAACUUUUAAUUAAAAACAAAAGCAGAUAUUUCAUUUGGUUUAUUGCAUUUGUACUUGUACUCUGCUCAGUGACAAUAAAGUUGAAUCUAAUCCAAUCUAAUUUGUUGGUUGCAUAAGUAUUCACCCCCCCAAGGUAAAUGCUUUUAAUUAUGGAAUUAAAGCUCCAUAGGAUGAUCAAAAUGCAUUGUGUUUAAUAAACCCUGACUUUCCCACCUGGCUUUUCAUCUUAAUCUUUAGUCUUUAGUCUUAAUCUUUGGUUUCCAUUAUGCUGUUUGUUUAAUUCAAUUCAAUUCAAUUUAUUUAUAGUGCUGUUAACAAUGGUCUCAAUUCAGCUAUACAGAACUUGAGAAACAUCGAAUAAACAUUUUUAAAGUUUAAAGUUAAGUUACUAUCUGUUUUCUAACAUUUAUUCCUACUAAGCGAGGCUGGGGCAACAGUGGCAAGGAAAAACUCCCUGAGAUAAUAUGAGGAAGAAGCCUUGUGAAGAACCAGGCUCAGAAGGGAACCCUUCCUCAUUUGGGUGAAACUGGACAAUAAAUAAUGUGAAUGUAAAUAAUGUCCUUUCUUCAACUGUUUAUAGUCAUGUGGAAUUGGUAUGUUCGUUCUAUUCAAAUAAUUAAUGCGACUUUUCAUGGCAACUGGUGAGCAAAAUACAUAAGCGAAGAGAAAAUACAUAAGCAAUCACAGGUUUGGCAAAUAAUUUUACCCAACUAUACAGAUUAAUCCUUACAUCCCCAACCGUCAUUUAAAAAAUAUUUUGUUUUUUUCUGUAGAUUUAUAAAAAAUAAAAUCCCAUUUCAUGUUCAGGUUGUAAUAAUACAAAAUGUAGUGAAGUACAAGAUUGGUGAAUACUACAGUAAGUAUCUGCAAUGCACUGCACAGCUGGAGACAAGCAAUGAAUUUAAAAUAUUUAGCAUAAAUAAAAUUGCUUUGCAUAUACUAGUUCUAGGCCAAAUGAAAUGCGUACAGUGCGGUAUAUAAGAAGCUCUGUGUUUUUCACCUUCUCUACAGUUUUCACUUCACUACUCACAUUCUGUAUUUCGGCUCAUUUCUCAAAUCAUCCCUUUUGCACACAUUUGGUUGUCUGUGGAGGGUGCAGACAUCAAAGGCAACCCUCUUCAACAGGAUAUAGCACUCGAGCUCUGUCACACUCAGGAAUUCUCAUUCCCAUGGCAAAGAAGUGGAAAGUUAAUUUGCACAGCUCCUCAGGGGCUCUCACAUUUCACACUAUUUCGAGGAUAUAUGAGCACAGGUUUAAAUAAAGCAUCUGGCCUGUGGCAUGAUAUGUGACUGAGGCCAAUGUCGGCGAACCUCGCUCCCUAAUCUAAUCAAGACUCUCACCUCAUGUAACAUUUGAACCUAGAGCUCCUGGUAGAAUUUACUUGAUGAGGCCUGUUUUCCUUUUCAGUUUGACAUCAACAAAAAAUCUCAAGUGUAAUUAGGGGAAAUACAGUCUAUUAGUUGAAAAAGUGAGUGAUUAUUUGUAGUUGUAGGUGGUCCUGUCGCAAUGUGGAGUCAUAAAAUGAAAUAGAACAGCUGGCAGUUUCUGAGUAACUCCUUCUUUAUAUCCAUGACCAGGGAAUUAUCCAUUUCCUUUCAAAGGUAUUGGAACAGCAAAGCCAAAUCUAGAGUCUUUGCUAUACAGUGAAGAAAUAUGGGUUUGAGAUUAAAAGAUAUAUAUGAGACGAUAGAUCAAUUUCCAUUUAGAUUCCGUUUGCUGAUAUUUACAUAUAGCUGUGUUAAGCAACUUAAAUCCAGACCCUUUUGGUGGCAGACCAAUCAUUUUUUAACACUCAGUAUUUGGUUUCAUAUCUAUUGUUUCCAAUAACUGCAUCAAGCCUGUGACCAACUGACAUCAUCAAACUGUUGCAUUCUUCUUUUGUGAUGCUUUUUCAGGUUUGUCUUUAAGUUGUUUGCUAUGGGAAGGUUCUCCCUUCAGUCUCCUCUUCAGGAUGUCAAAUAUUUUCUCAGUUAGGUUAAGGUGUGCUGAUUGACAUGGCCAGCCUAAAACCUUUCCGUUUUCCCCGAAUGAAGUCCUGUGUUGUGUUGGCAGUGUGUUAUGGGUCAUUGUCUUGUUGCAUGAUGAAGUUUUUCAGUUAAAUUAGAUGCAUUUUCUUCUGCUGCUACCAUCAGGAGUUAUAGUGAUAAAGAUUAAUGAGUCUGUUCCAGAAGCAGCCAUGCAAGCCCAAACAAUGACACUACCACCAUCAUGCUUGACUGAUGAGUUUGUAUGUUUUAGAUCAUCAGCAGAUCCUUUCCUUCUCCACCCUUUCAUGAUACCUUUCUAUCACAUUGUUAGAGGUUAAUUCUGGUUUGUGGAUCAUCUCUGUAUGUCCUUAUGAAUUCCAGUCUGGCCUUCUUACUGCUGAUGAGUGGUUUGCAUCUUGUGGUCAAGCCUCUAUGUGUCUGCUCUCAAAAUCUUCUUCAAUUGUAGAUUGUCAUACCUUCACCUCUGCCUUGUGGAGGUUGUUAGUGAUGACACUGACUGUUGUUUUGUGGUUUUUCUUCAAAUUGUUGUAUUGGCUAAGUCAUAUGUAAUGACUUAUAGAUUGUUCCCUAUUUUUCAGAUUCAGAAUGCCUUGCUUUUAUUCAGUCUUGACAGGUGAAACCCAGGGCUCUGAGCAAGAGAAGCUAUUGAUUGUUUAGACUAUCAAUCUUAUGGGGUACAUCUAGACUACAAAAAGCUCCUGUCAGUCACAUGUUCCAAUAUAUCUGAUCAAUGGAUGUAAGGGGCUCAAACAAAAGGUGUUAUGUUGUUAUGUUAAGUUGCUUAACAAAGAUACAUGUCAAAAUCAGGAAAUAAAGGCUGAAAUUCUGAUCUAUCAUCCCAUAUUUGUCUUUUGACCUCAAACCAAAAUGUCAGUGUAUAGUAAACAGAAAAGUAUUGGCUUCGCUGUUCCAAUACUUUUGGAGGGGAGUGUAUAUUAUGAAAACAGUUGUUACAUAAUUUGAUUGUGUUGCUGUUUUCUUCAAUGGAUUAAAAAUCAGGCAAUUGUCUGUAGUCCUUGUGUGUAGGGAACGAAUCGUACUAUUCAUCACUGGCAAACGUAUUUGCCAAAUAAGAUAUCAUUUUUCUGACUAAAACAUCACCUCAAAUGUUAUCAUUUAUAGAUUACGUGUAGCUGCUUUACCUAUAAAUGAGUAUAAGUUUACAUGAUCAGCAUACACACAAUACUGUGCAACUAAACAUCAUAUUCAUUUUGAUGAAGAUUGUUGAAUUUAAUCAGACUUUUGCACAAUUUUAUUUUUUCUAAUAAUUGUUACUUUUUUAAUUAAUUUAUUAAUGAUUGUUGAUUGUUCUAUAAUGAAUUGUAUUUUGGGGGAAGCAGAGUGUAGGCUUACAACAUGUGCAAAUACAAUAGUUCUGAACUAGUACUGAAACUGAAAUUUUACUCAACUCUGCUGCUAAAAUGAAUCCAACGUUCUCUUUGUGGUUUACAUUAUUAGGCUCAUGUGUACACACUUUAAAUUUUGCCAGCUGGUUCUCUGUCAAUGAAUGUACUUGUGUCCCUGUUCAGUCCAGCGGUUAAUCAAGUUAAGAGCCUCGGUUUUUUCGUCCUCUGUUAAAUUCAUUUAUGUGCCACAUGUCAUUUUCUUGGCAAAUGGUUUGUUUGGACUAUAAAUUGUGUUAGGGAGUCAUGCAGGAAAUCAUAUGCCUUCUUGCACUCUAUCUUUUGCCAUCAUUUUUAAAGUAACUGCCUCAAUGAUCAGAUGUACAGCUUCUUUUUCUUCAAGAGGUAAUAUUCCCAAAUGGGUUUAAAAAUGAGCAAUGGGCAUCUGGGGCAUUAAGGGGCACCGGGAAAAAAGUGCAGAAAUACUUGUUUUGGGCUAUAAUGGAGAAUCAUAAUUAUUUCUUCAAAAGGUUGUUACUCAUACAAGACUGAAAUAUCAGAGGUGCAACGGUGCAGUUCAUUAGAAGUAAAUAAUUUAUUCUAAGUCUUCUUUUUUUACUAGAAUCGUUUAUCAAACUUAUCCUACAAUGUCUGAAGGAAAUAUUUCAUUUCUGUAUUAUAUGUAGCUCUAUAUAUGAAGAAGAUGGGUGACAAAUUAAAGGAAAGUUUUUCUGCCUGAUCAUCUUUAUUCUAUGGUGAAACAUUACUAUCCAGUUCCGCCUGGUGUCUUCUAGAAUGACUCUGCCCUCAGUCCACCUUGAGCGUUCACUGAACAAUUGAAGAUAUAAUUGAUGUCAAUCAUAUGCUGUGGUCAGGCCCCAAAUUACCAUCUAAUCACAGGCCCAAAUCUCCAUCUAAUUGACUAUUGUAUGGUGCAUUGAACUCGGAGGCUCAUGAAAGCCCAAACACACUUCUAAGAUACUUGAUGGGUUUUUUUCCUUUAUUUUUUUUCUGUAGAUUUGUGUAUAUUAAUAGGAAUAGAUUCUAUAUUAACUAACAUUUACAAUAAGCCUUAAGCCUGCAUCAGCAGUGCUUCGUUCAUGCUCAGGGUUGUGCACAGCUAUGGAUUUCUUUCAUGCCUCUUGGUAUAAAACUAAUGAAAUAUGUCAUCUGUGCCACAUAAUUCAUUAGCAGGGUUUCAGAAAGCGCAGAGGCUUCAGUUUUGCCCGCUGUGUGCUUCACAAUGCACAACUCAAGGAUUUCAAUCAAUAACUCUAAACAAGGCAGAAAGGCCUUUGGCCUCAUGGCGUUAAUUUUAUUUAUAGUAAAACAGCCACUAGCAGUUGAAUUAUUGUGCCAGAAAUUUUUUACACCAAAGUGGCAUAAAAUAGCUUACUGGCUAACAGAAGAAGAAAUGUAGAGUGAAAUAGUGAAUAUGAUUACAUUUUUAACGCUGACUGGCCCAUGCUAAUAGAAUUCUGUCAUUUUUGAUUAAUUACAAGUGUUUACAUGAUAAUAUAUUGUCAACUGUAAUAUUAUUAUAUUGACUGCCAGGUGGCUGUCAAGGUUGUAGGUGCAGACGUUAGUGCAAAACACAUCUAAAGGUAUGAGCAUAAACAAAACAGCCUAUGAACAAGGCUUAAAUCACAGGAACUUAAAUCACCAGGGUGAAACAGGACACAGGUGAGUGGGAUCAGGGAUUGUGUUUAAAAUGCCAUGGUCAUGU